AAGAUUCCAAGUUUUAAAGAAGAAUCGCUAAUUCCGAUUCACAUCAUUGACGCCGUUUCCCACCGCUCUUCCGAGUUCGUACUGAAAUUUCCUCCUCCACCGCCGCCGACGUCCAAUGUCGUCUCCGGGCGAGUACUACCUUUCCCUUCCACCGAUCAUCAGGGCUUAUGGCACCGCGUGCCUGGCGGUUACUACAGUCUGUUCGCUCCAGCUGCUUCAUCCGGCGUAUAUAGCAUUGAUAUAUGAAGACGUGUUCUACCGGUUACAGGUGUGGAGGCUUUUUACUAGCUUCUUCUUCCUUGGGAAAUUCUCCAUCAAUUUUGGUAUUCGCCUCUUGAUGAUAGCAAGGUAUGGUGUUCAACUGGAGCAGGCAACAUUUGACAGGCGUACCGCUGAUUUUCUCUGGAUGAUGAUCUUUGGAGGCUUGACGCUUCUGGUUCUGUCUGCUAUCCCUUUUCUGUGGAACCCUUUCUUGGGCAUUUCACUUGUGUUCAUGCUGCUUUAUGUCUGGAGUAGGGAGUUCCCAAAUGCUCAAAUCAACAUGUAUGGCCUGGUGACCUUUAAGGCAUUUUAUCUACCCUGGACCAUGCUUGCCCUUGAUGUUAUUUUCGGGUCUCCAAUUUUGCCCGACCUUCUGGGGAUCAUCGCCGGUCAUUUGUACUACUUCCUAACGGUGUUGCACCCACUCUCAACUGGGAGAACCUAUCUGAAGACCCCUAGAUGGGUACAGAAGCUGGUGAGAAGAUAUAGAAUAGGAGCUCCAGCACAAGUGAACUCCCGAGCGGCGGCGCAGCCUGAGCAGCAGCCUGGCACAGGAACAGCCUUCAGGGGAAGAUCCUAUAGACUGAGUGAUUAGUGGGCAUGGUGAAUCUUUCCUCACCAUUUUGUUCGGAAUGUUGAUACAGAAACUAACCAAGGAAGAAAGUUAUAGAGAGACUUGAAAAAGGAGUUGAAGAGAAUCAAUCUGCUCGUUUAUGUUCCUUCACGACUAGCGCUGGGUGGCGUUUUGAUGUAUCGUCUGUGUUUUUUUUCCACCUGGCCUGAAUCCAUACUUUGUAUAAACAGAGAGGGAUGAAGUAGUUUAACAUUUGUUGGCAGAUUGGCUUUCUUUUCAAUGCCUGCAUUACCACUCUGAUUGUAGACAUUUGGAAAUGUGUUACUGUUGUAUUGAGCUAAUAGUUUCUCUUCAAAAUGAUUGUAACAUCCCGAACUUUUUCCCGACAAGAU